AUGGCAACUCGCAUUACUCAUUGCAUUUUUGACAUGGAUGGUCUUUUAUUAGACACAGAACGUGUUUAUACAGAAGUUACUCAACAAAUCUUGGACAAAUACACUAAUGGACUUAAAUUCACUUGGGAUGUUAAAAGUCAAUUAAUGGGAAGAUCAGGCGAUGAAUCAGCAGCCAUAGUUGUUGAAACUUACAAAUUACCUAUGACUCCUACUAAAUACUUGGAAGAAACUGCCCUCAUCCAACAAGACCUUUUCCCUCAUGCUAAACUUCUUCCCGGAGUAGAAAGAUUGAUUCGCCAUUUACAUGCUCACAAAAUUCCCAUCGCUGUUGCCACUUCUUCAACACGGGCAAAAUUUGAUCUUAAAACAUCACUUAAUAAGGAAAUUUUUGAUUUGUUCGACGUUGUUAUUUGUGGCGAUGACCCAGAAAUUAAGAAUGCUAAACCUUCACCUGAUUUGUUCUUGGCCGCUCAAAAAAGAUUAGGUAAUCCUCCUGCAGAGAAUUGUUUAGUGUUUGAAGAUGCUGUAAAUGGUGUCUGUGCUGCUCUGAAUGCAAAGAUGAAUGUUAUUUGGAUUCCAGAUGAGAACAUUAAGGCUUUGACUGGUGAUCAUGAUCAUGGUGCAACUUUAGUGUUGGGAAGUAUGACUGAUUUUAUACCUGAGGCUUUUUUGCUUCCUGCCUUUAAAUAA